CUUACUCUGACAAGAAUUCAUAUCGACAGACCGUAUCGACAGACCGUAUAUACACGCCUGAUACCAAAGUGUAUAUUUAGUUUCCAACCUGACGCUCGAGUCGCAAUCCUCGUGGCAUCGCUUGCCCACACUCUCAACUCCGCCCAUGUUCCCGCAAUCUUGUGGGGCCACUGCCUUCUCACGCUUAAUGGGGUCCCAUCCAUUGUCGCUGCAGGUAUCCCUCUGCCGAGAAAUCACAACAUGCGUGUGUAGCUAGCUGCCUGAAUAGUCCGUCGACUUCAUGAUUCCAGAUGACUGCUUGGAGAUAGACGUCAGAGCCCUCGCUCAGCACAACGACCUUAGGCCGUGCCCCGACACCAAAUAUCGCGCCGCAAGCUCGGAGCAACGGCAGACGCCGCCGCCAGUUACCGUGGGGCACUAUCUUCAGCGAGAAACGCUCUGGUUUCUCACCAGUGAACCAUGCUCUAUUGUCCCCGAGCAAGCUAACUCUUCCGCCGCAGUUCGCCCAUGCAUCCGACAAAACCGUCUUUCCAACCUGGAGGCCAGGUCGAGGAUCAGGAGUCUUCAAGCCCGGAACAGACCAUAUGAUCGCCCUCAGACCCCACGUUCUCUUGGAAGCUUAUAUGCGUCUCUUCGCACGGGAUCAAAGCAACUCGUCAGUUCAUUCAACAUAUCCAUGAUUGCGUACAUGAGUCUCUAUGUCGAUGAAGACGGGCUGCUGGAUGCUAGUCUGCUUCCGGAGCCGCUCAAGGCGUCUUACAGGAACUUCCAGGAAGGUAAAAAGCCGACAUGUCAGUGGAUGUUGGAGCUUCAGGAGGCGCUCAGUUUGGUUGAGAAAGGUUCCGAUAGCCACGGCUCCUUUUAGGGGCAGAAUUGAGCCACCAACCGUGUGAAGUGUAUCGCAAUCACA